AUGCUUGCUCCUGAGCGAGUAACCACUUUUUCAUGCGAGUGCCCAUGGGUUACAGGUACACAGCCUUUCCCUAACCUCAGAAGCUUGCUUCACAAAAACAUUCGAUCCAAGGCAGAGCUUGAAUGGAUUCAGUGGCAUUUAUCUCAUUGCAGUCAGCUCGGUUCUGUCAUCCUUAGCAUUCCAGCCUGGAAGCUAAUACCAAGUACUAUGUUCUUUGAAAAUACUCUCUUAACGCAUCUAAAGGAAUUAUCGCUGCAUGGUUUUUGUGUCUCUGAACUUGUACCUGCGAGGACAUGGAAUCUGCGUAAUUUGGACCUCAAUCUCUGCCCUGGUGCCGAUCGAUUGAUCCAGCGUUUGUUGGAAAAGAAGAAGCUUAGCUCCUUGAAAGUUCUACGUUUUGCCGGCCAUCUUUCAAGACAUUCUUUUUUGGAACUUCUUUCAUAUCUAGGUAAGACGUGCGAGUUGGAGGAGCUCUCGCUUCGUCUAGGAGGAUUGUCUCAUCUCACCGGUAAGAGUGGUGCCAUGAGUUCGGUCAACCCCACUGGAGUAACGGCGAGCUCGAAUGAAGCUGGCGAACCUAUUCGACGCCUACGCUCUUCGUUACUCGAAAAAGUCAUUAAUCACGGCAAGACGCUUCGGCUGUUGGUGUUGGAUAUUCGAGAGGUCAUAGAUCAACCGCAGUCAUGCAUGCGAUUCGAUCUCUGCGGAGUGCAAAAGCUCAUUGGGUCAUGUCCCAAGAUCGAGUUUAUUGGCAUGCCAGUCAACCUUCAGGCUUCUGGUGGGCAGCGUUAUCGACGAAUGAAUUAUGAAAAGAACAUCCAUCUAUCGGCGAGGCAGCUGAAAGCGUUCCAUCUCCGGGGCGAUUACCGACCCUUCAGUAGAACCCUAAACGACGCCAAACACGUGUCAAAGCCAUUCCGAAACCGCUCAGACUUUGAAAUCUUCAUAGGUCACUACGAUAAACUCAGAAAAGUUUCCUUUAAUUUCAAGGGCGAGCGGAAGUUCCUUAACGUCAAAGAGGAGGAGGUCAAAUUAUAUGAUUUAAAUCUGUGA